CAACGUAUAACAUACAAAACAAAAUGUAUGUUUGUACAUCGAAAACGAAGAGUUUAAGCUUAACCAUUUUCUUACAAUGCCUUCUAUUUGACAUUUCAAUGUCUCAAGAUUUCUCGGGUAGUGAUGAUGUUGAUAUCUCGAUUAAACGUUGCACACUUUACGUAAACUGGACCACAGAGAAUACAGAUGGAUGUAGUUUGUUUAUUUAUCGAGUACAACUGUACCGGAAUGAAACAGAGAUAGCAACUCUAGAUACCAAAGCCUUGAGGUAUUCAAAAGAUGGUAUAGAUUCGGAGUCUGUAUUUCGGGUCGAAAUUACACCAGUGCUUCGCUGUGGGAACAAUUCUGAUCUUUAUAGAAGAAAAAGGGUUAAGUCUAUUAGAACAAUUCCAGGUAAACAGAGGGUCUAUAUCACCAAAAAUAUAUCCGAAAAUGUGACAUUAGAAUGUCCUUUAAAUGGAGCAUACCAGCCUUUUAAUGUUAAGUGGCAGCACGUGAUUGGAAUAAAUAGAACAGUUGUUAGGACCUUCACAACACAGAUGCUCAACCUUCAAAGUUUGUCAUACAGAGACAUGGGACGGUAUAUAUGUACUGUAGAAUAUAGUUUUUGUGGAACAUCCAGAUCACUGAGAAAAACAGAGAGUUCGGUUACCUGCAGCAUAAAUGGUCCACCAUUUAUAUCUUCAUCUCAAGAUACUUUCAUUGUAAAUCCUGGACAAAAUUUAACUUUAGAGCUAAAAGUUAUAUCAUUUCCACCACCAAAUAGCCAAGUAGUUAUUAAAAAUAUACGCGGAUAUGACAUUUUUCGAGAACUGGUGUCCUUCAAAACAGAAUCAACGCCACUGCAAGCCUACGGAAAGACUGUCGAAGUUGAAGGGUAUAACACGAGGUUUUAUUUGCUGAACAUUUCAGUAGACUGGUUUGGAGCAAACAACAUUAUCGUAUUUAAUAGAUUUGGAAACUAUUCAAUUAGAAUAUUUCUUCAGAAUUUCUCAGAAAAAGAAAAGAAUUUCAUCGUAAACUUUCUGAGAGAAAACACAAUUCUUUUGGCUGGAGUUGGAGGGGGGAUUCUUGUGUUGUUCUUGGUUGUCAUCGUAACGGUUAUAAUAUGGGAUAUAAGAAGAAAAAAGAGACAGAAAAAUAUGACAUUAAACGGAAAUCAAAACCAAAAUGGAGAAGCAGAGAAUCCUACCUCGGUUCCAUCCAACUCUGAACGCAUUUAUGCGAGACCGUUUUCGUUUGGAAAUAAUAAUAAAGGAAACGCUUCUGCAGAAGUCCAAAGAUUAACAGAUCAUGAAAGACAAAUUGAACUAGAACGUAAACAAUGUGCAAGCAUGUAUAGCUACGGAGGAUUCUCAAUGAAUGAGUUUCAAGAUGAUGAAAUAAUGUACGACAACCAGUUCGCCCCAGAAUACAAAUAAUAUUCAUUACUAUAAUGACAUUUUUAAAACAGAAACUGAAGAAUACAUAUAUAUAUAUAUAUAUAUAUACUUCCAAAUCUUGAUUUACAAUGAAAAUAUCAAUGGAACUAUUAUGAAGCUUAACAGCAUUAUAUCUCCACCAGUUCAAGAAAAUGAUGGAAAGUUUGAAGAU